AUGGCCGACGUUGAGCACCUGAGGAGCCUACUGCGCCCCUUCCCCGACUGGCCCAAGAAGGGCAUCGUCUUCCUCGACAUCUUCCCGCUCCUGCGGGACCCAGUAGCGUUUGAGACGCUGAUCACGCACUUUGUGCACCGACUUGCGUCCGAAACGGUCUCGCGCGCACCGAACAAGAGGAUCGAUGUCGUCGUGGGUCUCGACGCGCGCGGAUUCUUGCUCGGCCCCAUCAUCGCGAUGCGUCUCGGCGCCGCUUUCGUGCCGGUGCGCAAGAAGGGGAAGCUGCCGGGCGAAGUCAUCCACGCGGAGUACAUGAAGGAGUACGGCCUGGAUGUCUUCGAGAUGCAGGGGGACGCGAUCAAGCCCGGCCAGUCCGUGGUCAUCAUUGACGAUCUCAUCGCUACUGGUGGUUCUGCGAAGGCCGCGGGAGAGCUUGUCGCCAAGCUCGGUGGCAAGACUCUCGAGUAUCUCUUCAUCAUCGAGCUCACCUUCCUCAAGGCCGCGGAGAAGCUCGAUGCGCCCAUGUACUCGAUCGUCAAGGUCGACGACUAG